UAUGGAACAGACACGCUGCGCUCUCAGAGUCUCUCCACACGCUUCAAGAGAGACACAUUUAAAGAGUCGGUUUUUUUUUUAUCUCCACCAUGUCACCGAGACACGACCUGAGCGAGCCCAGCACGAUAUGAGGAUUUGCUUUUUUUCAACGUUUGAUUUACAGGGUGGAAAGAAAUCACUCCAGCGAGACAGCUCCGGCUCCUUUUACGACUUUUUUUCUUUUUUGACUGUAGAAAAAGCGCGACAGAUAAAAGGAGGAGAACAUCUGUAAGCAAAGACUAUAAGAGACACCUAAACUGAGCAGAAGGAUUGAUCAAGCCUCAAAAAGGCGAAACUGGUCACCAUGAGUUCCGAGAAGUCAAAAGUGGAGGAUGAAGCGGUCUUGGACAGAGGAGCGUCCUUUGUCAAACACGUCUGCGACGAGGAGGAAGUGGAAGGUCACCACACCGUGUACAUCGGCGUGCACGUUCCCAAGAGCUACCACCGGAGGAGACGCCACAGACGCAAGUCCAGCCACAAGGAGAAGCGGGAACGGCCGGAUCAGAGCACGGAGGGGUACAAGUCAGACGGGGAAGAGUCCAACGCCUACAUCCUCAAACCUCUCAUUUCUCCCGCUGAGAGGAUCCGGUUCAUCCUUGGCGAGGAGGACGAUGGCCCCCCGCCUCCUCAGCUCUUCACCGAGCUGGACGAGCUCUUGGCUGUGGACGGACAGGAGAUGGAGUGGAAGGAGACGGCCAGAUGGAUCAAGUUCGAGGAGAAGGUGGAGAAGGGCGGCGAGCGCUGGAGUAAACCCCAUGUGGCCACGCUGUCCUUACACAGCCUGAUGGAGCUCAAAACGCACAUCGAGAAGGGAACCAUCAUGCUGGACCUGGAGGCCACCACGCUGCCACAAGUAGUCGAGGUGAUCACAGACAGCCAGAUCGAGAGCGGGCAGUUGAAGCCGGAGCUGAAGGAGAAGGUCAUGUACACGCUGCUACGGAAACAUCGCCACCAGACCAAGAAGUCCAAUCUGCGCUCUCUCGCUGACAUCGGCAAGAGUGUUUCAAGUGCAAGUAGGCUCUUCUCCAACCAAGAGAAUGGUAGUCCGACCACUGCCCAUAGAAACCUCACCUCCAACAGCCUGAGUGACUUCUCUGACAAACCAGAGAAGGAUCAGUUAAAGAAUAAAUUCAUGAAGAAGCUGCCCCGUGAUGCAGAGGCGUCAAACGUGCUGGUCGGAGAGGUAGACUUCCUGGAGACUCCCUUCGUGGCGUUUGUCCGUCUGCAGCAGGCCGUCAUGUUGGGCGCUCUGACUGAAGUCCCUGUGCCCACGAGGUUUCUCUUUGUCCUGCUGGGCCCCAAAGGCAAAGCUAAGUCCUAUCAUGAAAUCGGAAGAGCCAUUGCCACGCUGAUGUCGGAUGAGGUUUUCCACGACAUUGCCUACAAAGCGAAGGACAGACAGGACCUGCUGGCGGGUAUCGAGGAGUUCCUGGAUGAGGUCAUCGUCCUUCCCCCGGGAGAGUGGGACCCCGACAUCAGGAUAGAGCCCCCCAAGUCUCUGCCCUCCUCAGAUAAGAGGAAGCACAUGUACGCUGGAUUAGAGGCGCCUCAGAUGAACGGCGACACCCCCCACGAUGCGGGACACGGAGGGGGAGGAGGACACGAGGUCGGAGAGGAGCUUCAGAGAACUAGAAAGUUCUGUGGAGGGCUCAUCCUGGACAUCAAGCGGAAGCUGCCGUUCUUUGCGAGCGACUUCUACGACGCUCUGCACAUCCAGUCCCUGUCGGCCAUCUUGUUCAUCUACCUGGGCACGGUCACCAAUGCGAUCACGUUCGGGGGGUUGCUCGGAGAUGCUACAGAGAACAUGCAGGGAGUGUUGGAAAGUUUCCUGGGUACGGCGCUGACGGGAGCGGUGUUCUGUCUGCUGGCUGGACAGCCGCUGACCAUCCUGAGCAGCACGGGCCCCGUGCUCGUCUUUGAAAGGCUCCUCUUCAACUUCAGCAAAGACAACGACUUCGACUACCUCGAGUUCCGGCUGUGGAUCGGCCUGUGGUCGGCCGUGUUCUGUCUCCUGCUGGUCGCCACCGACGCCAGCUUCCUGGUGCAGUAUUUCACGCGUUUCACCGAGGAGGGCUUCUCGGCACUCAUCAGCUUCAUCUUCAUCUACGACGCGUUCAAGAAGAUGAUCAAGCUGGGCCACUACAACCCCAUCAACGCCGGCUUCGAUGCCAACUUGAUCACCCAAUACGACUGCAACUGCAUACCUGGCAACUCGUCAGAUCUCCUUGACCUCUCGCCCUGGACAAACAGUUCUGAUCUGCCAGUGAACACCACCUGGGCGACCCUGACCAAGAAGCAGUGUCUGCAUUACGGAGGUGAGCUGGUCGGAGACGCCUGCGGCUACGUGCCUGACAUCACCCUGAUGUCUUUCAUCCUGUUCUUUGGGACUUACACCUGCUCCAUGGCUCUGAAGAAGUUCAAGACAAGCCGCUUCUUCCCCACCAAGGUGAGGAAGCUCAUCAGUGACUUUGCGAUCAUCUUGACCAUUCUCCUCUUCUGCGGCGUGGACGCCUUCGUCGGUGUGAACACCCCAAAGCUUAUAGUGCCAACGGAAUUCAAGCCAACGAGUCCUCAUAGGGGCUGGUUUGUCAAGCCCUUCGGAGGGAACCCUUGGUGGGUGUACCUGGCUGCGGCCCUCCCCGCUCUGCUGGUAACCAUUCUCAUAUUCAUGGACCAACAGAUCACUGCGGUGAUCGUCAACCGGAAAGAGCACAAACUGAAGAAAGGGGCGGGCUAUCACUUGGACCUGUUCUGGGUGGCCAUCCUGAUGAUAAUCUGCUCGUUCAUGGGCCUGCCGUGGUACGUGGCCGCCACUGUCAUCUCCAUCGCCCACAUCGACUCCCUGAAAAUGGAGACGGAGACGUCGGCCCCUGGAGAGCAGCCCAAAUUCCUGGGUGUGAGGGAGCAAAGAGUCACCGGUAUCUUUGUGUUCCUCCUCACGGGACUCUCCGUCUUCAUGGCCCCCAUCCUCAAGUUCAUUCCCAUGCCGGUGCUCUACGGGGUGUUCCUCUACAUGGGCGUGGCUUCGCUCAAUGGUGUCCAGUUCAUGGACCGCCUGCAGCUGCUCCUGAUGCCAGCCAAGCACCAACCGGACCUGAUCUACCUGCGACACGUCCCCCAGAGACGCAUCCACCUCUUCACCUUUAUCCAGGGCCUGUGCCUGGCCCUGCUCUGGAUCCUAAAGUCCACUGUGGCUGCCAUCAUUUUCCCUGUCAUGAUCCUGGCUCUCGUUGCCGUGCGUAAGGCGAUGGACUACGUGUUCUCCCAACACGACCUGAGCUACCUGGACGACGUCAUCCCAGAGAAAGACAAGAAGAAGAAGGAGGAUGAGAAGAAAAAGAAAAGCAAGAAGAAAGGAAGCAUCGACAGUGAAAUUGACUUUUCUGACUACCCCUACCAUGACAAUAUUCCCAGUAUAAAAAUCUCUAUGGAUAUGAUGGAGCAGGAGCCCAUGUUGGGGGAUAAAUCUUUGGAUAGAGAUCAAUCCAAGGCUUUCCUUAACACGCAUUCGCCGUGCUGAGCACUACUUUGAAACUGCCACUGUGGCCGAGUGAUCUUGAAAGAGGUGGAUACGCAAAAGGUUCCCCUCAGAUUCGAAUAGAAGGGGACUCUGAGGAGAACGGUUUUGUCUGGAGGAGGAAGGGCUCUGAAACGGAUCUGUGAACAAAUUAUCCAGAAGAUGCAGCAGAACCAGCGCAGCAUAGCAAACUAUAACCGUCCUCUUUUUUUUUUUUGUGUACUAUAGCAUGUUUAAGGAUUUCAAUCAAAAUGGCUGGAAAAUAUUUUUGUCUUAAAAAAUGUAAACACUCUGGUGGUACUGGUUUGUAAUCAGGGCUGAACUGAGUAUUUAUGUUCUCGAAGAACUAAAAGGGCUACUCGAGGUCACCCAUGUGCAGGUUUUAUAUGCAACACUAAUAUUUUAUGAUUGUACGCUAUCUUAUUCUAUAAAGAGUAUCGAGCCAAAGAUGUCAAAUCAAGAAAGAUGCCCAGAAAGAAGCUAGUUUUAGAGUUUCAUUCUGCAUAUAUCAGGAGUUCCUCCAAAGAACACCGGCAGUAACAGACCUAUCUUUUUUAAAGUAAGGUUUUGAUUGAAUAUUGUAGAUUAUAGCAGUGUAGAAUAACUAGCACAUCAGUUUUAAGAGUUAAAACUACUUGUAUCAUAAGAUUAUUAAAAGAGUGCAUUUGCUUUUCUUGUAGUGAACAAAAGGUUGUCGGUGAUCCCUCACAAGCUGACGCUAAUUUUAAAUCAACAGGCAAAUUAAAUAUUAAUUUAAUCAUCGAUCAAAGGCUGCAUACUCGUCGCAAAGCUAAUCUUUGUGUUAGCCUCAAAAAGACUGGAAAAUCUGUUUGUUUCGUUUCCUUAUCCUUCCCUUCUUCUUCUUUUUCCAUAUUUAUUAUAUUUAAACUCUGUGCGGAACAAUCUGAAUCUGAAGUGUGAUCUUUUUUUUUCCCUCCCGCGGCGUGGAUCCUCUCCCUGUUUUUUGGGUGGAGAUUUCAGAGAUGUGUUUUUACCUGUGAGUAGCUCUACCUCUUCUGUUUCUAUGUAGGUGCCAGGCAUCAUCCUGUUCAAAACAUCUCUCGUGCAAUUCUUUGUGAUCAAACACUUGAUUCAUUUUUCUUUCUCGACUGGCACCGUGUAAGACCUCUGAAUCUGAAUCUUCUAAGUCCUUUUUUUUUUUUUUUUUUGCUUUGUGACACUUAAGAUAUUAUAUUUUUGUUAAUCAGUAUGAUUUAAUUAUGUACGAUUUUGCAGUGUUUUAUACGGAAGCCCUAAGAGGACGUGAAUCAGUACAUUUUCUUUUACUCCGUUUCCCCAUGAUAAAGAUUAGAUUUGGUUGUUUUCUCCAGAUCCCAUCUUGAAAUUCUGUUAUCCCAGUUUUUCCCGUGCAAACGAGGUAAUUUCAGUCGUUUUUCCUGAAAUCUCAAGAUAUUAAAAUGGCAAAAAAAAGUGUCGUUAUCCCGAGAUAUCCAGACUUAAAAGUCAAAGAUCUGCAGAAAACAGGCGGAAAUAAUCGUCAGUCAAAUGGAAGUUUAAAUCCACCGAAAUCACUUUCUCAAACAUUUUAAACGAUGUCUACUCGCAGCAUGCUGAGAAUACUUAAACCUAAAAACUGCCAUUUGGUGAUAAAACUGCUUUAUUUUAUUUUUUUCAUGUAAUGAAGUUGGGUGUUUGAUAUGCUCACACGCUUGACCGUAGACCCUCAAAGUCUUGAGUUAAAUUCACAAAUGAAAUGUGAUCAUAUUUAAAAACGUUUAAUGUGAUAAAUCCUGAGAUUGUUUUUUUUUUUUUUUUUUUAAGAAAGUAUGUAAUGUGUGUGCGUGCGUUUUUAUUAUGCAAAUCAACAAACAAUCACUGUGAGGCUUUGCAUUGUUGUCACUUCCUGUCCUGGAGGAGCUUUUUACUGAACAGGGUUCGACGUGUUUGUGCAGCAGGUUGUCUUUUAAAAAAAAAAAAACUGACUCUUCUUCUCGGACAGUAUACUCCUGUGCAUUAUCUGCACUGCUUUAUCUGCAAUCCAUUUAGCGACAGGUUGAUUAGUUAUGUCUUAAAUUCUCUUGUUUGAUGACUGAUCAGUGAGUUGAUCAUGCUGAUUGAAUUGUUUAACUGAUUCAGUCAACGUUAGCAUAUUUUGUGUAUAUAUUUAUAUAAUCCUCGAUGGAAGGAAAACAAACAAACAUGCACAAUCACUGCCGUUUCUGCUCCGUAGUGCUAACAAGGGCUUUUCAUCAUUUCCUCCUGACACCCAUCAUAAACUCUCCUUCUCAAAAUGUGAAGCACAAAGACUGUCAAAGAACCAGAAAAAACUCCAAAAACCACAUCGUCUUCCACUUCCUGUAAACUGCACACCUCGACUUUUGAUUCCACAGUAAAUGUUGUAUUUCUGAUGUUUCUAACUCUUGAAAUCAAUUUUAUACAAAUAUAUAUUUAGCUCUAUAACCAUAGGUUACUCCGAAGGACGCAGGUGUCUGUGUGUGUUUUUUAUGGACUAGUGUUUCCAAUGAGAACAAUAAAACAGUCCGAAUGAUUCUUAAA